AUAGCGGUUUAAAAUCUAUCGAGAGAACGUCGAAGAAGACUGUCAGCCUCGCCAUGGCGGAAACUGAUCAGCAGUCAGGAUCAACUCUUGAAGAGGAAGCACCUGAAUAUGCAGCAGCUGCCCCCUUCAUGAUACCCAAGAAGGAAAUCAGCAUGGUGCCCGACAUGGGAAAGUGGAAGAGAUCACAAGCCUAUGCUGACUACAUAGGGUUCAUUCUGACGCUGAAUGAAGGUGUAAAAGGCAAGAAGCUCACCUGUGAAUACAAAGUUUCUGAGACAGUGGAGAAACUAAUGGAUCUUUUGGGGAUUCUGGAUCAAUGGAUCGAUGAGACCCCUCCAGUUGACCAGCCAUCACGCUUUGGGAAUAAGGCCUACAGAACGUGGUAUGCAAAACUAGAUCAGGAAGCAGAGGCCUUGGUGUCAGCAGUGCUUCCUACUAGCAGAUGUGCAGCAGCUCCAGAGAUAGCCGUCUAUUUGAAAGAAUCAGUGGGGAACCCCACCAGGAUAGACUACGGAACAGGACAUGAAGCAGCUUUUGCAGCAUUCCUCUGUUGUCUCUGUAAGGUUGGUGCUCUCAGGGUAGAUGACCAAGUGGCUAUCAUCUUUAAAGUUUUUAACAGGUAUCUUUCAGUGAUGCGAAAGCUGCAGAGGACCUACAGAAUGGAGCCAGCUGGAAGCCAAGGUGUGUGGGGACUGGAUGACUUCCAGUUUCUGCCCUUCAUCUGGGGCAGCGGCCAACUUGUUGAUCACCCUACUCUGGAGCCUCGGCACUUUGUCGAUGAGAGAGUGGUAAAUGAGCACUAUCAAGACUACAUGUUUCUGGAGUGCAUCAAGUUCAUUAAUGAGAUGAAGACUGGUCCAUUUGCUGAACACUCCAACCAACUCUGGAACAUCAGUGCUGUUCCUUCCUGGUCCAAAGUCAACCAGGGCCUGAUCAGAAUGUACAAGGCUGAGUGUUUGGAAAAGUUUCCUGUGAUCCAGCACUUCAAAUUUGGUAGUCUCCUGUCCAUCCAGCCAGCUAUGCCUUGAUGCUCUCAAAGAAAUGGUUCUUACAUAGUAGAAAUGACCAAAAGCAACAAGUCUCCCUUGCUCUGAUAUCGUCUUGUCAAACUCCAACAGUAGCCAAAGUGUAGUCUGACACAUGCAACCCCACAUUUGCUCAUUCAUCUUUGUAUAUCUGUCAUGUUAUUCACACAGUGGAUAGAGUUUGAAUAAAGAUCUUAUUUGAGAGGUGGAAGUAUUUUCUUUUUUAGAAGUAUGCUCAGUGAUUAAUAGAUUUAUCUAUCUCUAAAUUCGGAUCUUUAGGAGAAGCAAGUUCACUCACAAAGAAAUACACAAGACUUUGCAUUUCUGUAAACUGGAAAACCACAUGUAUUUUUUUGGUUUCUGGUGCUAGUGAUUUGCAGAUUUUUCCAUUGCAUAAUUUGCAUCCCAACAGUAAACUUUGUUUUUGUUGUGCCACUCUAGUUAAGACUGUCUCUGCAGUGGUUAUUCUGUGUUUCCACUGGCAUGUUUGAAAUAUCUUGACAUGUGCUUUUUCAUUUAAUAAUAAAAAUAUUUUUGUGACCUGAAAA